UCAAAAUUAAAGAUUAAUUCAGAAUACAUUUUUUGUAAUAUUAAAAAUGAAAUAUUUUUCUAAAACAUAGGUAAUUAAUAAAAAUAUUUAAUUUUGUACAUAAUGUGUAAGCAUCAUCGAUUACGAAUAUAAAAAAAUAUGAGCAGUUUUCGAUUCAAAAACAAAGAUGAAACUCCUAGUUAUGGAGAAGAGGAUUCAAAUUUUGAAUCUGGAAUCAAUUCAACAUUUGUUUAUAAUCCAUACAUGUCAUUAGAUUUGCAAAGUCAAAGAAAUAAAUUACCAAUUACUAAAUACCGCAAUGAAGUUUUAUAUCUCUGUGAAAAGUUUCAAACAUUAAUACUAGUGGGUUCUACUGGUAGCGGAAAGAGUACCCAAGUGUCCCAAAUGCUUGCUGAAAGUGGAUUGUGUCAGUUCAAUAAAGCAAUUGCUGUAACAGAACCUCGAAAAAUUAGUGCCAUAACAUUAGCAACAAGAGUUGCUCUUGAACAAAAAACUAACCUUGGUCAAGCUGUAGGUUAUUCUGUGAGGUUUGAUAAUUGUUGUGAUUCUGAUACUAAAAUUAAGUAUAUGACAGAAGGUAUUUUAUUAAAUGAAAUGACAAGUAAUCCAUUAUUAAUCAAUUAUUCUGUAAUUAUAUUGGAUGAAAUACACGAAAGAAGUUUAUUAACAGAUAUAUUAAUGGGAUUGUUGAAGAAAGUGUUAAAAAAACGACCUACACUAAGACUGGUAAUAUUAUCUGCUACUAUGGAUUCUCUGCAACUAAAGUCUUUUUUUAAUUUUAAUCAAACUGAGAAUCCUGAUGAUGACACAGCUGCAAUAUUAGGCAUAGAAGGAAGAUCCUAUCCUACAAAAAUAUUUUAUUUAAAAGAACCCGUGGCUAAUUAUAUUGAUGAAUCAAUAAACACUGUUUUAAAAAUUCAUCAAGUAGAUCAAUCAGGAGAUAUUUUAGUAUUUUUAACAGGAAAAGAAGAAGUUAUGCAAGCAGUUAACACUUUAGAUGAUUACAACAUAAAAAAUACACAAGACAAAGUUAAAUUAUUUCCUGUACCAAUGCAUGGAACAUUAACUAAUGAUGAACAAUUAAAAGCAUUUCGUCCUGUGCCAAGAGGUUAUCGCAAAGUUGUUUUCUCUACUAAUAUUGCAGAAACUUCAGUUACUAUACCAGGAAUUGUCUAUGUUAUUGAUUGUGGAUUUGUUAAAUUAAAAUGGUUCAAUUCUAUACUUGGAGCUGAUUCACUUAUCACUGUUCCUAUUUCUAAAGCUUCAGCUAUACAAAGAGCUGGUCGAGCUGGAAGAGAACGUCCUGGAAAAGUUUAUAGGCUUUAUACUAAAGAGUCUUACAAUAACUUAACAAAUGCUACCCCACCAGAAAUGAUGCGAUCUGAUCUCACUGAUAUAGUUAUGCAGCUUAAAGCAAUUUACAUAGAUAAUGUUUUAAGAUUUCCAUUUCUUAGCCCACCUCCUGCUAAAAAUUUGCUUUUUGCUUUAGAAAUGUUAAAAGCUCUAGAAGCUAUUGAUAAAUAUGGAAAUUUAACAAACAAUUUUGGAACAAUUAUGUCUGAGCUACCACUCCCUGCUAAACAUUCAAGAAUGUUAAUAAAAUCAGGUGAAAUGGGCUGUUCAUUUGAAAUUGUGUCAAUAUUAGCUAUGCUCCAGUUAAAUGACGCUUUUGUACGUCCUAAAUAUGGAGCUACUAUUCAAAAAGCUAAAAUACAGCAUAGACAUUUUGAAGUUUCUGAAGGUGAUUUAAUUACUCUUUUAAAUGUUUACAAUGGAUUCGAUCAUAAUGAAGCCACUAGCAAACAGUGGUGCCAUCGCUACUUUAUCAACUAUAACGAAUUAUGCAAGGCCAAAAAAAUUCGUAUGCACCUAAUUGAUUUAAUGAAAAAACAUAAAAUACCUCUUAAAUCUUGUGAAGGUGACACAAGAGUAAUUGUUAAAUGUAUUGCAUCAGGACUUUUUAGAAACGCUGCAUAUCUUCAUUACACUGGUGUGUAUAAACCAGUUGCCGCUGAUGAAGAUUUAUUUUUUCAUCCAAGAUCAAUACUCAAUUAUGUGAAUCAGCCACAAUGGGUUUUGUAUGAUGAAUUGUUAGAAACGACUAAAACUUACAUAAAGCAUUUAACUGAAAUUACGCCAUCUUUGUUAUUGGAAACAGCAUCUCACUAUUUUUCAACUCCCAGACUUUGAUGUCAAAUAUUAGUAAAAUUUAUUAUUAGUUAACUAAUAUUUUAUACUCGUGGAUUUACUAUUCACGUAAUAUUUUAAUUUGUUUAAUUCUUGAUAUAAUGAUGACUUUGAUAAAAUUUAAAUAAAAGAUUUCUUAAUA